UACAACUCAGCAAAAGCCAACACAAAGAAAAUAUAUUGAUCCUUCAAUUCAACUCACGAUGCUACAGGAAAAUAGGGAGGUGGUGAACAUUUUUCCAGCAGUGAUGCAACCUACUGAACCGACAGUGCUCCACCCUGCUUCUCCGUUUAUGGGCGGCGUUUCGACGAUUCUCUGGCCUCCAGCUCCGACGAUGGGUGCUUCAGACUCACCUCAAAUUCUGGGUAGUCCUAAUCGUCCUCUAGAAGCAAAUGGAAAGGAAGAGAAUGUUUGCUCAACAAUUCAUGGUGAGGAAGAUGAAGUGGCUCUAGAAACUCAGAACUUGGAGGAUGAAAAUAUGGUUACUUAGCCUUCGAGUAACCAGGUUCUCUUUUCCCCUUUGUUUUUUAUGAUUAUUUUCAAUGAUGUUAGUGUGCUCUCUUGGAAUGUGAGGGGAGCCAAUAACCCUAAGACCAAGAGGUAUCUAAAAGAAUUGAUGAAUAAAUAUCACCCCACCUUUCUAGUUAUUAUGGAAACUCACUCUCCUUUUGAUAACAUGAAAUCUUUCUUUGAAGUCCAUGGUUAUAUAAAAGUAGCUAUUGUAGAGGCUCAAGGUCACUCUGGUGGUGUUUGGAUUCUUAAACAGGAUGGUAAUAAUUUGGUUGUGCAGUGGGAAGAUAUCCAUAAUAAUGCUAUAACUUUUAGCAUUGCUUUGGGAGUAAAUAAGUGGUCGUACUGUACUGGGUUAUAUGCAAGCCCAACUCCAACAAUUCGGGCAAAUUUUUGGCACUAUCUUUGUAACUUGAAAGAAACUAUCUCUGGUCCUUGGUUUCUCAUAGGUGAUUUUAAUGAGAUUAUUGCUCCUAGUGAACAGCGAGGAGGAAUUUUUACUCAAAGUAGAGCUGAUGGUUUGAUCUCUGUUAUGGAUAAUUGCGAUCUUGUUGAUCUGAACAGUGUUGGAGGCAAAUUCACAUGGCACAGGAAUUGUAGAGGUGAAAGAAGCAUUGCAAAUAAAUUGGAUAGAGGGAUGACUAAUCUUCAAUGGAGACUUAUUUUUCCGGAAGCCUAUCUAGAAACUCUUUGUAGGUCCAAUUCGGACCACAAUCCUAUCAUUUUGAGAUGUGGUGGCCUUCCUAUAGCAAGAGGUACUAGACCCUUUAGAUUUGAGGCUGCUUGGAUGAGUCAUUCAGAUUAUGAAAAUGUGGUGGAAAGUGCUUGGACUAAAGAAAGAGGUUGCCCUAUUUCAGCCCUACACACUAUAAAAGAGGACUCCAUUAUUUUUAAUAAAGAGGUCUUUGGAAACAUUUUCAAGAAGAAAAGGAAUUUAGAGGACAGACUCAAAGGCAUUCAACAAACAAUGGAAAGAGUGGAUUCUGUGAGACUUAUCCUUCUUGAACAACAAUUACAACAAGAGUUAGAUCAAGUUCUUUAUCAGAAGGAAAUGCUUUGGUACCAAAAAUCAAGAGAAAAGUGGAUUAAAUUUGGUGAUAAAAAUACUAAAUUUUUUCAUGCUCAAACUAUCAUUAGAAGAAAAAGGAAUAAAAUUCAUGGCCUUACCUUGCCUUGUGGUUCUUGGUGUACAGAGGAUUCUAUUUUGCAAGAAGAGACUCUCAAGUUCUUUAAAAAUUUGUUUUCCCCUGCUACUUGAAGCUCUCAUAGUCACUCUUUUGAUGUCAA